CCCGGGAGGGGAAACUGAGGCAGGAGCCGCUGGGCUCCGCGCUGCUGCCCGGCCCGCGGUGCCCGCCGGGCUCGCAGCGCCUCGGGACCCUCGUCCGGCUGCUUCGCCCUGCACACGCCGCCGGAUGGCCCGGGCAGGCGACGGCCCCGGCCUCGGGGACGGGCGCGGGCUCUGCCGCCGGCCCCCGGGCCGCGUCCGGCAGGGAAGGGGUGCGGGUGGCUCCGGCUGAGGAAAUGGGAGAGACCUGGCCGGACUCCCACCCUCCGCCUCCCGGAGCCCCACCUCCGGCAUGGGAGCGCUUAAGUGCCCGCCAGGCCACCGGGCCACCACUGCUGUCCCAGUCCCAUCCGCAGCCAGGCCCCUGGCCGCGCGGGAUGCUCUGCCUCCUGCUCCUCUGCGGCGCCCUGGCCUGCGGGGCCGACCAGGCGGCCCCGCUGGCCUUCACCAUGCUGCAGCUGACGCGCGUCUCCGACGGCCGCUCCGACUUCUGGGGCAACGCCACGCUCGACGGGCGGCUGAGCCACCGCCUGGAGGGGCUCAACCUCAGCCAGGUGCUGCCGCUGGAGCCGCCGGCCGCCUGGGCCAGGAGGAAGGAGGACGUGGCCACCUACCUGCACUACUUUACCAGCAUGGUGCGGCUCAUCAGCAUGGAGAGGCCCAUCAACUUUCAAGCCUGGCAAGCCUCCGUCCCGAGGCCUUGCAAACUCGACACCCAGAGCCUGCGCUGCCACCUGGGCUGCCUCCUCUUCCCCAACGGCACGGCCCACAGCUUCUACGAGGUGACCCUCAACGGCACGGACUUCCUCAGCUUCCACGUGCCCACCGCCACCUGGAAGCAGCUCUGGCCCCGGCGGGACAUGGUGGCCGCCUUCGCCCGCAAGGAGCUCAUGAAGUACCCCGAGACCACCAAGGACCUCCAGCACUUCCUUAAUACCUCCUGCGUGGAUGUCCUCAGGGCUCAGAGCGUCAGCACGGGAAAGCAGAGCAGCCGGUCGCACACCCCGCUGGUGCUGGGCCUGACCUUGGGAGCUUUCGCCCUGGUGGGCAUGGCCACGGGCAUCUUCUUGUGCACCGGCGGGAGCUGCUAGCGGCCGGCGCAGCCGCCCCGCCGGCGCCCGGGGACGGACCCCGCAUCGCCCCGCGGCAGCAGGGCACCGCUGCCGCGCUCGGCAAGGGACGCCUGCUGCCCGGCCGCGGCCCUCCCGCCGCCGCUGCCGACUUCGCCGCGCCGCCCCCGGCUCCGACGGACCGUCCCGGCUGGCCCCGGGGACGGUGCCCCUGCCGGAGGACCCGGUGCCCCUCUGCCAGCACCGGUGGCCUUGGCGCAGCACGCUCGGGGCUCGCCGGGAUACCCCGGCGUGCCAGGCUCGGCGGGAGCCGCCGGGCGUCGUGGCACGACUACUGAACCUGGGGAGGUUUCAUUUCGCUGCCGCGCUUGCAGGCCUGUCGCAGGCCGCGGCCGGUAUCGGGCCGCAAGCUACGUACCGAGUUUGCAGAGCCUCGGGACGGAGGCUCGCCAGGCCGGCGGCGCUGUCCGAGUUUGUUCGGGCCCGCCUCGCGGCUUCGCUUGCGCUUGGCUUCGCCGCCAAGGAGGUUUUUCUACUGAGCAGGUGCCAAUGCUUGAUUUGUUUCCCUUUCCCUCAUCUUUGCUUGGCGCCACCGAAGUGGAGUAGAAAUAGCAUCAACCGAUGCUAGAUUUUGCGCACAGAACGAGCGGGUUUCUGACCCGCUUAUAAAGCUGUGGCCUGGAGCAACGCAGGCCUGGGAGGGCAGCAGAGGCCUCCGGAAGGGGGGCCACCAGCCCCGGUGCAGAGCAGCACCGGGGCACGGGCUGACGCCAGAAACCCCAAGGCACGAAACUACUUCCUCUGCGCAAUAGGCUUUGUUUCAUUUCUCUUCUUUUCCUUAAUAACUAGAUCUGAAUUAACGGUGCAUCUUUGACUGGACUGUCCAGAUUAUGCUCGUAAGAAACUCUUGGCCCUUUCUGCCCUUUUGCCUAUUACAAAACCUUGAGCCUAACAGCACGUGGUGCUUUUCUCUGCCAACGCGAGGGCUGGACGCACCAACGCUGCCCGGCUGCAGCUCGCUUUGCCUGCAGAGGACCACGUAGCUCUGGGCACUGAAGGUGGGGAGGCCAUGGGGCAAGGAGCUCUCCUGCUUUAAUUUCCAGCUCCUUUAUUUCUAAAUAUCCUUUCCUCUUGGUCAAAGCAACCAACAAAAAGAAAGGGUGGGCCGGGGAAAAGAAACACAUGAUUGAAAUGGGAUGGGAAGAUGACAUAGCGGUGUCUGCAACAAGGGAGUUGGGAAAAGGUUUCAAAAGACCACAUUUCAUCUGCUCAAGCUGCCAGGUCACCCUGGCCAGAGUCCAUCGCUGGAGCCAGCCGACUCCUCCACCAGAGCAACGCGUUCGCUCUUCCCUAGCUGGGUCCGUCAGGGAUGGAACCACAGCUCUCUCCACCCUUUAGUGGCUUCAUUUGCGAAAUAGAAAUGCCGGCCAAGAUUUAAGAGGAAUCAAAACAGUGACAAUAAAACAUAUGAAUGUCA